UGUGCCCGGUGGCAGACCGCCAGCCAAUGGGUGGUGGCGACGCUGACUCCGCUUCACCAAUAGGGAGAGCGCAGAUGGGCCGGGGCUGCUGCUUCCCGGAGACCGCAGGUGUAGAAGCAAGCGCUGCGCCCCAAGCGGGACGGGUUUCCGAAGCUGGCAGGAAGGUAAAGUGACAUACUUCUGUUUCCCUUGCUCCUUGAAGCGCGCCAAGCCUAUUCUUACUCCUUCAAGUUACAGUUGAACUGUCAGAUCAGAAGAAAGAUUACCAUAAUAUGUCUCUAAGAUGUAGAGAGGACUCUUCUUGCCUUCUAAGUUUUUUUUCCUCCAAGUCUUCAGUUUUUCCUUUGUGCAUGAUGGGGAAGUUCUCUCAUUCCCAAUAGAGUCCGGGGGAUUUGGGCUAUUCAGGGGACAACUUCGAAGAACUCAAAGAGGGGUUGAGAGGAAAUUAAGCUGGACUCCUGCCUGAUCCCCCGCUGUGGUAGGAUGAAUGUGGGGGUGGCACACAGCGAAGUGAACCCCAACACUCGAGUGAUGAAUAGCCGGGGCAUCUGGCUGGCCUACAUCAUCUUGGUAGGACUGCUGCAUGUGGUCCUACUCAGCAUCCCCUUCUUCAGCAUUCCUGUUGUCUGGACCCUGACCAACGUCAUCCAUAACUUGGCUAUGUAUGUCUUUCUACAUACGGUGAAAGGGACACCCUUUGAGACCCCUGACCAAGGAAGGGCUCGGCUACUGACACACUGGGAACAGAUGGACUACGGGCUCCAAUUUACCUCUUCCCGAAAAUUCCUCAGCAUCUCUCCCAUUGUACUCUACCUCCUGGCCAGCUUCUACACCAAGUAUGAUGCUGCUCAUUUCCUCAUCAACACAGCCUCACUGCUUAGUGUACUGCUGCCCAAGUUGCCCCAAUUCCAUGGGGUCCGUCUCUUUGGCAUCAACAAAUACUGAGGGCUGGGGCUGGGGACGUUGGAACAAAGGGCUGUAACAUCCCUCCUUUUUCUAUACUGUCUUCUAUAUCUUGAAAGCCUGAGAACUAUGUUUCCCAAACUCCCAGUGGAAACUCAAACUUUCCCAAAUUUUCAUUGGAAAAUGGGGUUCCCUGGGCCCAGCCCUGCUAGGAGCAGGUUUCUUUGACUGAGGAAAGACAGGUGAAGUAAGGGGCAAAUCACUCUCCACAGCAGGAAGCCAUGUUUGGGCAGCUUUUUGGUUGCUUAAGUUUUUCCAUAUCAUCCACUUCCACCACCUUCCAUCCAGCUCUGUUUUACUGUGUAUUUUCCUUAUAAUAAAGAUAAUUAUUUUCA